AUGUCGCCUGCUGCAACACUGCAGGUAUCGCCAGCCACGUUGCCCGACACAGGAGGAGAGCCAGCAGAAGCCACAAGAGAAGUGGCGUCUCCACCUGCGUCACCAUCCACAGUACGAGUUGAACGACCAGCUGCACCACAAGUGGUUGCACCAGCCACUUCACCAGCCACACCAGGAGUUGCCACGGAAGCCACAACACAACUGCAGUCUCCAGCUGUACUGACAUCCACAACACAACUUGAACCAGCAGCUGCCACACACGUGGCAUACCCAGCCACGUCCCCAUCUACAACACAUGUCUCAGCAGGCAUGACACAAGUGGCGUCGGCACUUAUAAUCGAAGUGGCGUCACCACCCACAAGAAGAGCAAUUCAUCGAGCCUCAUCACCAGGCAAAACAAAAGUUACAUCACCGGCAGCCCGUCUAACCACAAAACGUGUAGCCUCAUUACCUUUAGGGCAGGUGGUGUCCAAAGCAUCGUCGUCAGCCUCCACACGAAUAGCAUCCGCCAUCCCCAUUGCCUGCAACAGCAUGCAUCUUAUCACCAGUCCUGUUGCCAGAUACAACACUCAUCAAGUCACCAGUCCCGCUGCCAGAUACAACACUCAUCAAGUCACCAAUCCUGUUGCCAGAUACAGCACGCGCUGUGUCACCAGUCCUGCUGCCGGAUACAACACUCAUCAAGGCACCAAUCCUGUUGCCAGAUACAGCACACGCUGUGUCACCAGUCCUGCUGCCAGGUACAACACCCAUCAAGCUACUAAUCCUGUUGCCAUAUACAGCACACGCUGUGUCACCAGUCCUGCUGCCGGAUACAACACACGCUGUGUCACCAGUCCUGCUGCCAGAUACAACAUGCGUUCUGUCACCAGCCCUGCUGCCAGAUACAACACCCAUCAAGCUACUAAUCCUGUUGCCAGAUACAGCACACGCUGUGUCACCAGUCCUGCUGCCGGAUACUGCACACACUAUAUCACCACUCCUGCUGCCAGAUACAACAUGCCUUCUGUCACCAGCCCUGCUGUGGGAUACAACACGCGUCCUGAAGCCAAUCCUGUUGCUAGCUACACCAUGAUUCGUGUCGCAAGAUUCUGA